UAUCAGUAUUAUUGAAUCGAAACGAUAGAUCCAGUAUCAAGCAAACAGAACAACCAACGCUUCUCAUCACUCUGCGAAAAGGAUAGGUCAGUCUAAAGAGCAAGGAGACGCCUCUAUUGAUACCAACAUCAUCUCUUCUCAUUUGGAAUCAGUCUGAACGUGGAGUGAUUGAUCCUUAUCCAACUAGACAUCAGCGUCUUCAUAGGGUACUUGAUUUUCUCGUCUUUGGGUAACAAGCAUUUUCAAAACUCAUAUCAGCAACAACUGCUAUUGACACAGUGCACUGACAAUCAAAAUGAAUACAUGCGACAACAUUACGCGUGGGGCGCCGAGGACCUGUCACAGCACGGAUCACAAGAUGGCUGGAGGCAAAGCAACAACUGCACCCAAAAACACACUUGUCCUUUCGCUAGCCCUUCUGCUGGUGCAAUGUUGUGGAAAAGUAGCGGCAGGUUGGGGCAACUAUAAUAACAACAACAACCAAGACUACUCAAUAUACGGCAACGUCGCCUCACGCGAUUGGCUGUACGACGGGAGUAGCUUGUCGAUCCAGGUUCUGGGAUGUGUUUGGGGCGUUGUUUACGACUCGGAAGAAGCCGGAUGUCUCGAAGACGAAUCCGAAGAUGGUACCUAMAAUUGGUAUAUGAUGGCUAACUGCAGACGUCCGCAGGUAGCGUACUCUGUCUACGCAUCUGACUCUGGAAGCGCCUCUUGUAACUCUGGUACAUUUGUUGGUUCGGUGAGUAUCGUUGUUCGCUUUGGUUUUUGCUUGCCGUUUGCUGUAGUUCAACUCAKGAUACAACAAGAACUGUGUCAUGGAUGAUUUAAUCUGCGGCAUUGCAUGCAAUGCGCAGUUGAAUUCUUCAGCAUGUCUGAGCGUACAUUCUUUGGACUUUCCGUUCUUCUACAAUCCAUUUGCACCGUACUCUUGUUCUCACCGUUCACCAUCUAUUUUGCAUUGCAUGUUUGGCAUUUACCUCUUUUUUGUGUGCUUCUUAUGGCUUUCUAUAUUCUCCUACAGUUCAUGACAACAACUGGAGUGUCCGAAUUCCUAGGCAAUCUCGAAGCAUACGACCAAAACUUUAAUUACGACGAUGACAACUUCAACUACGAUGAAAUUCCGGAGUGCUACGGAGGUGAUAACGGUUACGUCGGUUUGGAUUGUAGCGAUGGCGCCUUCAGCCUAAACUACUAUAAUGAUCAAUACUGCAUGUCUCGAACGGGCGAAACUUACGAUGAAUUGAAAGGAAUCAACAACAUCAUGAACAAUUACAAGUCGUGUUCUUCAGCUGGCGGUGGUAACAACAAUGGGGAUGGAAAUUCGCUUAUCGCAAGCCUUGUUUACUACUCGACUCCAUGUCAGUCGUAUGACUACCAACUCUGUACAGACGACGCUUCUUUUACUGCACGCAGCAACGGAGUUUCGAGUGCUUCUGGAAUUCCGAAGUCUUGGUCUUCCGUGAAUGGCGGGGGUCACCACUCAUGGGUUACGAAAUUGAAAUACGUGAUUGGCGGUGGUUUCUUGCUGGCAUCUUUCAUUAUGUUCACGGGUAUUCUCUUCACCAAUAGACGAAGGCGCAGAGCUAUGAUGAUGCGCAAAUACCGCCAAGCCAAAAAGGCAAAGAGAGACAAGGGAAAUCGAAAGUCGCGAUCUGGUUCGAAACGAAGAUCAAAGAGCAAGGGCAGAGACAAGUCGGGCGAUGGUGUUUUCACCUAGAUGAUAAAAAGUUUGUGUGGCUGCGAUGUUACAGUCAUUGCUACAGUGUUGUAGCAACGAACUCUGCUUGACAUGAUAGUGACGUUGAUGACGUCAGUCAUCCUCAAGUUUUUCUUUCGAGAGAAAACCGAAGACGUUUUCUCUGGACAUCGUUGUCCAUAACUAUCCGAAACCAGCCCUACCUCCAUGGUGAUCCCUUAUUCUGUACAUUACAAAAUUUAUAUUACUCGUUUGAAAUACGACAAAGGGAUGCGUUCCUUGAAUCAAACCCUUGUCAUUAAUAAUAUUAUCCACAACGU